AUGCAAAAAGUGCAGUGGUCAAAUCUGCCUGAAGACCUGCUCAUACGAAUUGCGGAUGGUCUAGGACUGAUUGAUUUUCUGUGUUUCCGUGGUGUUUGCAAAGAUUGGCACAAUGCUUCUUCAAAAGCUAAGCAUAAAUGUUCUGGAGCUGAUCCUUGGUUUCUUCUGUAUGAUGAUGGGGAAGGUUCUCAGUGUUCCCUGCUAAGCAACCAAGAUAAAAUCUACACCAUCAACAUCCCAGAACUAGACGGGGCAACUUGCCUUGCAUCCAAUGAAGGAUGGCUGCUUGUCUUUCGACAUGGUUCAAUGUUCUUCUUUUGCCCCUUUUCCAGAGCAAAAAUAGAGCUUCCAAGCUGUCCUUUCACAGAAUUAUCUAACCAUGUUGCAGCAUUUUCAUCUGUUCCCACUUCUCAAGAUUGCAUUGUUGUUGUGAUUAGUCGAAUCAAUGAUCAUGAAUUAAAACUCUACUUGCUUUGCAGGGGGAAUAGUAUAUGGGCCAAGCAUAAUUUUCCUUGCGGUAUACUUGUUUUGGAUAAAAUAACUUGUGUUGUGUUUGGUGCAUGGGAAUUUCAAUUCUUGGACGAGUGGGAAAGUUUAGUUGCCUUUCAUUCAGCUAAGCCCCUAAAAGGGAACAGGUAUCUUGUAUUUCUACCCAUGGGUGAAUUGAGCCAUAAAAUACAUAUAGACAGGAUGAUGGAUGCGAAGAGUAAACUGGGAUUAGAGGCAAAUGUUUCAAUUUCUACAUGCGGAAAGCUAAUGACAGACUCUAGUGGUCAAUGUUGCAUUGCAAUUCAAGGUGAAAACGUUCAUGCAACUACAGAAUCUGAAAGCCGUCAUCUUAAAGGGGUGUGGAUCCAACCAAGUUACCUUAAUAUACCUCCAGACCAAAGCUGGUAA